GUAGAAAUUUUAUAAUUUUUGUUUUCAUUACCAAUCAAGCUAAUAACUUUCUCUCCUUUGCAUGUAAUACUUUCAUGGUACCUAUAUCUCUGUAACGAUGCGUCAAUCACAUGCAAAUCCAAAUGGGCCAAUGUACUACAAUGGAGUAUACCAUCUGUUCUACCAGUACAAUCCCAAUGGCACAGUGUGGGGUAACAUAGUGUGGGCGCACUCAGUGUCCAAGGAUCUGAUAAACUGGAAUGGCAUUGAACAUGCUAUUUAUCCAUCAAAGACCUUUGACAAAUUUGGCUGCUGGUCAGGGUCUGCUACCAUAAUCCCUGGUAAGGGGCCCGUGAUCCUCUACACUGGAGUUAUAGAAGAAAAUAACACUCAAGUGCAAUGCUAUGCCGAACCAGAAGACCCAAAUGACCCACUUCUUCGGAGAUGGGUGAAACCAGACAAGCUCAACCCAGCUGUGGUAGAUAAAGAUGUUAACCACACUGAAUUUCGUGACCCCACAACAGCUUGGUGGGGCAAGGACGGUCACUGGAGGAUGCUGGUGGGCAGUGUAAGGAAGCGCAGAGGAAUAGCUUAUCUAUACAGGAGCAAGGACUUCAAGACAUGGGUUAGUGGAUGGUUGGGGUGGACUUAGGUAUGAUUAUGGCAACUUCUAUGCUUCCA